GAGGUGGGAACAGGCGGGCUGAGGCUGAGGCCACGCCGCGAUGCGGACUUGGACCUCGCUUCCUCGUCCGUGCUGAGCCGCAGGACUCCGAAUCCAACACGAUGUCCAUCCGCGCGUUAGAGCUCCUUUUCUUCCUGUACUUCGCCUCUCACAUCCCGAUCACCCUGUUCAUUGACCUGCAGGCCCUGCUACCCGAACACGUGUACCCCCAACAGCUGAAAGACCUGCUCAGAUGGUACGCAGACGAGUUCAAGGACCCCAUGAUGCUGGAUCCUCCAGAGUGGUUCAAGUCUUUCGUUUUCUGUGAGGCUCUGGUUCAGAUGCCGUUCUUCCCCGUCGCAGCGUAUGCGUUUCUGAAAGGGGGCUGUAGGUGGAUCCGGACCCCUGCCAUUGUGUACUCCACGCAUGUUGCCACCACGCUGCUCCCCAUCCUGUCCCACAUCCUCUUCCAUCAGUUCCCUCUGAAACCGCACCCUGGUCCUCAAAGCCAGCGAGAGCGCUGGCUGCUGGUGUCCAUCUAUGCCCCGUACCUGCUGGUGCCCAUGCUGCUGCUCCUCACCAUGCUGCUGUCCUCCACCUACAGCCCCAGGCCCGCGGGCGGCUCGGCCAGAGCCAAGAAGAAGAGAUGAAACAGAAAGUAGACUUACCUUUAUUUUUGGGUCAUUCUAUUUUUGAAGGACAAGAAUUUAACUGUUGAAUAAAUCGUGAAAUUGCCUCUUUUGGAGUAUUUCAUACAGGUUUUAGUGAUUUUAGAGUAGAAAAAAGCAGUCAUUCACUUCUUAGAUACAGAGCUGUUUUAUCUGAUGUCUCUAUAACUAAACUGUUAGUUUGGGAUUGUCAGUUGAAAUAAAAGAAUACCUAACUUGUU